AUGGAGGAGGACCGAGAGCUCUUCAUCCAGCAGCUCGUGGCAGCAUUGCAGGAGAAUACAGCGCUGGCCGGUGGAGUUUCCUAUCCGUCCUCGUCUUCUUCUAGUGCCGCUGAUGGCAGUUCGGGAUCUGACAAGUCCACAGAAGGCGAGAACUCGCCACAACAGCACACAGGACUCUUUCUAUCUGCAGGUUCCAGUGGAGAUAGCGAGCGACUGGCACAAGAAGCGUACAUGCAACUGCAGUUCGACUUUCCGCAACUUCAAGAGGCGUCGAUUGAGGCUCUAGCGGGUCUCUACCGACGCGUAUCGGUCGAGAAAUCGACGCAACACGUAGCUGCUGAGAUCCCAAUUACUGCCACGUUGCUAGACGGCGUAGCAUUUCUAAACGGCCAGAGCCCGUCCUACGGCAUCAGUACAGCGCAGAGAUCUCGCAGCUCGGAGGGCAGUGCGCUCCUAGCCGCGUCGCUAUUAUUGCUAGUCUUCCGCGUGUGCUUGGAGUCGCCAGAGGCCCCAAGAGUGGAGGCGCUGCUGUCGUCGCUCGAGGUGAAGCAGCCACAUCGACAAGAUACAAGAGACGAGACUUCCAGUAGCGACUUAAAGAAAGAGAAUGCGUUUGUGGAGAAAUACGCGGCCCAGGAAGACCCGGACGACUUGAGCGAAGUCUACGAAGGACACUUGCCAGAGCCUCGAGCGCAUCGUAUUUCUAAACGGACCCACCAGACAUCAAACACUCCCAGAAUUGAUAAACUGCGAUAUCUAGUCUCCUGCACGCUCUCGUCGUCUUUCGCAAGUGUAUCCAUGGAGAAGUGGGAGCAGUGGCGGCUGGAUGACGAACUUGUAGCCAUCACGCGGCUACUGGUGGAUGGACCAUCUGAAAGCAACGACACAAGUGUAGACACGUCUAUAACGCUGUAUGGACCUCGAGGCGAGUGGAGCAGAUACCUGUACGUGCUGCGAGACCGAGUUCUGCGCUUCCCUGGCUCCAGUCGUAGCGCCUUAUGGCGCUUAAAAGAGCUGAUAGAAUUCCUCACUAGACACAACACAGCGAGCACGUCGCAGCACCAAACUCAGCCGCAACAUGUCGUCUACCGCGUGCUGGCUGAGCUGGCCAUUUCUCGAGAGUUCCAUCGAACUGGAGCUCAACGUGCACAGCAAGACUUGUCGCUGGUUAUUCAGGAAUUGUUACCGUCUAUCACGCAGGAGAUGCAGCAACUCGCCUCGAAUGUUACUUCACGUCAGAAAGAGAGUGCUACUUCAGACGAACUCGCUGUGGUGUUUCUACAACUUCUGCACUUCCUGCUCUUUGCGUCGCCCAACGCUCGUACGACCACCGAGAAAUUCCACGAGAGUGGAAUGUUACGCACACUCGUCAUGUUUGUACCCAUCUUGGUCGAUGGCCAGAUGCAACGGGCUCUGUCUCUGCCAGCGCUGCUGCGUCUUCUGAGCGAGUGUGCGCUGUGGCAUGCCGGCUUCGCGACGUACAUUUCUCGUGUGCCGAAGUUCGUUGCGCUACUGCCGACACUGCGCGAGCAAUUCGUAGCCGAAGAACUCGUUCUCGCACUUGCCUUUUGCCAGCAUCAAGUGGAUAUCUCGACUACCGUGGACAUCUGGAACACGUUCGUGUCGGAGUCGCUCUUCCCGCUGCAAUGUGACUCAUUUCUCGAGGCGAUGAAGAAGCUCCAGGAUGCAGUGUUUGUAUUGGACUGUCUGGAGAAGGUGCUGGCAGUCUUAAGGCCUGUGAUGCACAAGGAAAUAGAGCGCGGUCUGCAGCGGAUUUAUUCAGGCUUCGGUCGGUCGUUCGAGUACCCAACGUUUGCUGCUGCAGAGACGGCUCGACAGCAGCAGCAGUUCGAGCAGAGAGAUGACAAUGAGAAAGACAAGAAGAAGCAAUAUCGCGGCCAGGCAGAGGUACUGCAGUUCACGGCGCUACGCAACAAACUGCGACAGAGUGUCAAGGCUCUGCUGGCUGCGCUGUCGUCGGUGAGCCACGUCGGCGGCCGCGCGUCGUCCAAGUUAGACUGA